CCCAGUAGAUCUACAACAAACCGUUUAGUUGGUUGUCGUGUCGUUUCAGAUACGAGUACAUUUUUGUUUUCAAAACAACAGUAAAAAGCUACCAUCCGCCAUUUGGAAGAGACUUCUUGAAGAAUCAAGAACCCAGAUUCACUGUCGUGAGUCGUGAGUUCAACAGGCGACAAUGAGUUGUGAGCAGAUCUCCAGCCACCGUGAUCUGGAGGUGGGCGAUCUGGUUGAGUUCAAACGAGGGCUGUAUUCUCACUGGGCUGUUUACAUAGGAGGGGGUGAGGUCGUUCACCUGGCAGGGGAAGAAGAUGAUGGGCUAGGUAAUGUCGGGGGGAAGACACGUUUUCACUGUCAGUGGUACAACAUUUAACAAGGCUGUGGUCCGUGUCGACAUGUUUGACGAUGUUGCUGGUGGAGACAAAGCCUACAGAAACAAUACCAAGGACAAGAGGUGGAGUCCAUUCUCAGCAGCGGAGAUUGUAGGAAGAGCUCUGUCUAAGGUUGGACGAGUCGGCUACAACCUCAUCUUCAGUAACUGUGAACAUUUUGUGUCUUGGUGUCGAUACGACAUGGAACGGAGUGAUCAGGUGGACAGUUUCAAGACUGGGUUCAUGGUUGGAAUAGCUGUAGUUGCUACAACUGCCAUUGUUUCGUUCCUUGGAGGAAGAAGUAAAACAAAGGAGAAGAAGGAGGAAGAACCUUACUAGAUGUGUAACCAUCCUCGUUUAUCCAGUGUUUUAGGCAGUCUGUGAAGAGUAUUAUGUUCUGGUCCCAGGCCACAUAUUUCAACCCCUGUUUUAGGCUUCUUAUGUUUUCGGAAUACUUAUUCAAGGGCAGGUACCGGUACCUCUAAUCUGUUUCUGGUCCCCAUCCACAUCAGUUCCAAAUCCUGCUUCAGGCUUUCAAUAAGUAACUCUAAGCUCCUUUGAGUGGCAUGGUUAGAAGUUGGAAAAUCCGACAAGGACAAAACUUUAUGGAUGAACAACCCUUAUUAGGUGAUGCGAACUUUUCGAUACAGAUUCUUGUAUCGUUGUCAAGCAAGUAUUGAAACGUUGCAUCCCCCGAAUAAAGAAGUUGUUCAUCCAUAAAGUUUUGUCCUUAUCCAACUCUAAGCUGUUUUUCUCCAAACCCAGACCUUUUGUCUGUGCAGUUUGUAGGUUUUAGGAAGGUUAUAAUAUCUUUUUAUGUCGAGUUCAGAUUAGAUAACACUCUAAUGAAUUGUAAGGAGUAAUCUGUGGGUUUUGUUUUAAAUUAUCGUAUGAAUUUCAUAUGCAAAUGAGCAUGUAAACAGUCUGUUUCAACUGAGACAAUUCAAAUUACACUGUUGAUUGAUGUGGAAGCAACAGUAUCGCCAGUACUUGAUAUUUGCAUUCAGAGGUGCAGAUAAGCUGCGUAUCUGCGUAAAUUACGCAAAUAUGUAUUUGAAAACUCAAUUCCUAUUAAGUCUAUUGCAUACAAGUACGCUUAAAAUUUUGUAAAUACUCAAUAAAUGUGAUCUUAGAUGCGUACACAGAAAAAUGUCAAAUCUUAGCUUGGGUAUAGGUUGAUAGAUAACAUAACUUGGGUAUAUUGAGAGGUUGUAUUUCAGGACAUGAACGUAACAACUUGCAGUCUUUCUUAUCGUUUCUCAUGUUACAGAUCAAAUAUAACAACAAACACUAACAUUUAA